AUGCAAAGAGAAAAGAGGAUAUGGAAGACGAAGACAGUUGUAGGAGAUGCAUCUCAGAGAUUGAGAAAGAUUUCCAUUGACAUGUAUUCCUCCGCACUUAUUCAUCCUAAUUCAGUUUUAAUGUUUGUCUUGGGAGACGUAUCCCGAGACGUGGACUUCAUCGAGGAGCUUUGUGCCAUGAGAGCGAAAGGAUUUGGUGUCUUUGUAUGCCAGCCUCCAGAUACAUCAGGAUUGCUAUAUAUUCCUGCAACUAAAGUCUGGCGUUGGAACAGCCUAGCUUUCGGAGGAACCCCUAUCCCCGAUUCGGAACGCUUUAGGCUCUCUCGAGUGAAAUAUUGUCAUAAUUAUUAUCUGCGUCGACCACAAGGAAAGAUAGAUAGUGAUGAUGAGGAGGUACAAGAAGAGGAAGCAUUGGAAUCCGAAGAAGAAACUACUUCUUCGGCUUCUCAUCAAUCAUUUCCUCCGGAGAUCAAAAUACUUAACAGGACCGUCUAA